GUGACAGAGAGAGCAGGAACAGGAUUAAGAAAGCUGCUGCCACACUGAACGAGACACAUUUCUCAACUUUGUGGAUUUCGGGUCAAGGGUUGGAGGAAAACCCAGAUAUCUGUCAAGUAACAGUCACAUGAUGACAGACGUCUCACAAUAUCUUAUCAAUCACCUGGUGACGUUCUCCCUGCAGGACGGGGAGGUGAAUAGUGUGGAUGAGGCCCAGUCUCGUCUGUCCCGACUGGCCAGGGCGGAGAAGCUGUGGAGCCAGCAGAUAGUUCUGGAGAUUAGCCCUGAGGCCCUCCGACUCAGAGACACACAGAGCCAGGAUGAGUUGGAGAAGUAUCCAGUUGCAUCUAUCCUUCGCUGUGACGCCAUCCUCACUGAGAAACGAUUUCCAUCCCUCCUGUUACUCGUUUGCCAAAGCGCACCUCAGAUAAAGCCUGACGUUCUCUUCUUCAACUGUGAGACCGUAAGGGCAGAGCAAAUCCGUGACGACAUCACAAGGGCAGUGUCAGGUUACUCAUCGAGGUCCAAGAAGCGCCCAGAGGCCCUCAGACUUCCUCCGAUAGACCCUGUUCUUCCUCAAAAUACCAAAGCAGCGAUGAUGGAUCCCUACGGAAUUCCGAGUCCCCCCAUUCCACAUGCUCCCAAUGCCCCGCCUGCCAACCCUCCACCCUACCCAGGAAUCAGAGCGAAUGGUGUCAACAGCGGGCAUCAACCUGACAGCUCUUUUCUACGAGCUGAGAAAGAAGUGGGGAUCCUUAAUCACUGUUUCGAUGACAUUGAGGUCUUCAUGGCAAAGCUCCAACAGACUGCAGAAGCUGCCUCCGUUUUAAGCCAGAGGAAGAAGAAGAAGAAAAGUCGCAAGCAAACAGCAGAGGAGGACUUGCUUACUGCAAAAGCUCGCCCUCCACCCGAAGAAGAAUUCAUGGACAUCUUCCAAAAAUUGAAAUACUGCUUCAGCCUACUGGCUCGUCUAAAGUCUUCCAUCUCCAACCCAUCUUCAGCGGAGCUGCUCCACCAUGUGUUCAAACCUCUGGAUAUGCUGGUGAGGACUACCGGGGGCCCUGCCCUAGGGGCCUCAGUGACCAGUCCUGCCCUGACCAACUCAGCCGUAACCCUGCUUCAAGACAACCUGUCUGAGGAGGAGAGGCUGCUAUGGACGUCUCUGGGGCCCCACUGGACACUCCCACGUUCCCAGCUCAAAGGGCCAGUGGCCCCAUACACACCAGUAUUUCUGGACGGGUGGAAGCCAGAGGCCUCCAGGGCAGACAGGCAGGUUUAUGAGGAUCCAGUUGAGUCACAGCACAAACAUGAAGCCCUGAGAGAAAAACAAGAGUUGCAGCCUACUCAGCCAGUUGGACCUCCAGUCAUCCCUAAGAGCAAUGAAAUGGAUAGCAGUGUCCUACCCCCCGAGGGAGAGAGGAUGUACAGUUGCAGCUAUGACUUUGUGGCCCGCAACAACAGUGAGCUGUCAGUACAACAGGGAGAUACACUGGAGGUCGUGGAGUCUUCCAAACGCUGGUGGAAGUGUCGUAAUCGCUUCAACGAGGUUGGCUUUGUCCCAUUCAACAUCCUGGAGCCAAUGGCUCACAUAGACAGCCCUGUCACCAUGAGAGAACCUAAGCCUCCGGUCUCACCUGCCCUGACCAAGACUCACAUUCCUCCCAGCCCUCCAGCCUUUAACCCUAGCUCCUUGACUCCUAGCCCCUCAGCGCACCACCGCCCUCGCCCACUAUCAUACAACCAAUACAGCCAACACAUUCCAGCCGGAGAUGACGCAGACAAAGUCAUGAUGGUGAAUGACGAACUGCUCCAGAGACUGACCAAUGGGAAGGCCAACCUGAACAAGCCACUGGUCAUCCCUCGCUCGUCGGACACCUUGGUUCCCCUGGACUACAACUCACCUCCCGAGGAGGUUGAGCAGUGGCUCAGGGGGAAGGGCUUCAGUGAGACGACGGUGACAUUACUGGGAAAGCUGACAGGAGCCCUGCUCUUCUCUCUGAACAAGGAGGACCUACGACAAGUCCUACCAGACGAGGGCGCCAGAGUGUACAGCCAGCUCACUGUGCAGAAAGCACUGUUGGAGGACGCCCGGAAGGCCACUGAGCUGGAGGCAGUGAUGGAAAAACAGAAGAUGAAGAUGGAUCUGAAGCUGGAGAGUAGCACACUAUAAGACCCACGUUUCAGACAUCAUGUGUCACUCCCCCAUAAGGAAGACUCCAACUAAAAGAGAAAAAAGCCUGCACCACUGGCUUGAUUCUAUCUAACAAACAUUCAAAAACUGUCAGAUGUAACAUUAUGCAAAUAUUCAUUUUAUGGUUGCUCUUCAAGCCAGGCUGUGCAGUCUUGGAUCAAGGCUUUGUUUUUUGUUGCAAAUGCUUGCUUCGGUUAAAACUUUUUAGGAUAAAUUGUCCUCUGUUAAGCCAAUGUACAAUUACACUUAGGCCCUGAGCAAUGAUCUCAGGUAAAUAGAUUAAUACAAUUUUGGGAUUUUUAUUCAGGCUUCAGAGAAAAUCAUCUUCUAGCAAAAUAAUACAAACAGACCAAACCAAUACUAGAGCUGGCACCCAUUAGGAAAAGUUAUGCAUUCCUUUAUAUGUGUUUGCAUCCAAUUUCAAGUGACUGACAUACAUGAACCAACAUAUUCAGAAGAUGUACAAGCUGUGGAUUCAGCAUCAAAAUACUGGAAAGUAAAAUGAACAUAAGCAGGUACUCAGGAUAUUGUUCCCAGCACCAAGUGUCAUAGUCUACCUGUCAUAGACUACCUGGGUAACGUAGCCGACUACCUGGGUAACGUAACUGACUACCUGGGUAACGUAGCUGACUACCUGGGUAACGUAACUGACUACCUGGGUAACGUAGCUGACUACCUGGGUAACGUAGCUGACUACCUGGGUAACGUAACUGACUACCUGGGUAACGUAGCUGACUACCUGGGUAACGUAGCUGACUUCCUGGGUAGCGUAACUGACUUCUAGGGUCACAUAGAGUCAUUCUCAAUCCAAAACAGCAUUUGCUACUCAAUCCAUUGGAGACAUGCAAAGUCCAUCAUGUCUACUACACACAAAUACAGACUUCACAUGACAUGAAAACUUGGAACAAACUAGUAAAAUUCUCUCUCAAAAAAAAAGAAGACUCCAUUUCUGAACACAAAGGACAAUAAAAUCUAAAGCGUGAGGAAAUCCUUAUGACAUAUUCAUUCGAACGGCUGCAAUCUCUCCAAAUAUAAAUGUCCCGUCAGUCAGUCUAGGCCACAACUAUAGAAGCAAAGGGUAUUUCACAAGCUGACAGAAAUGAGCUAACUAAUGUUCACAACUGACCAAAUUCCUUUUGUAUUUCCAAAUGUCCUGAUCCAGUCAAACAACAACAAUAUGUCUUCGUUGAUCAAUCUUAUAAUCUGUUCUGCACAUAUCUGACCUAUGAUUACUGGUAUGUUAAAUAUUUUUUGCAACUUUAAAUGGCAAAUUACUGCGACCAGCAUAGUGAAAUAGCCUCUAGGAAGGGAAGGAAGCCUCAAAGAGUGAAGCCAAUCUAAGGCAGUAUGCCGAGUUGUGUUCAUUAGGACACUAAUUGAAAACCUUUCACUAUGUUUUUACGGGAGAGCAAAAAUGUGCUUUUCUUAUUGGACAAAUCCAGAUGACGCCUCCCUGUUUCAGUCCAGUUUCUUCUGUUUGGUGCCUAAAGAACAUGACCCAGGACAGUAUGCAGGAAGUAUGAUUAAGCAGUGUCUCAA